AUGUAUAUCUACAUGCUAGCAUCUACAACAUGCGUUUCGAGCCUCUGGGCCAGAAAAUGUUCACACGCCGCAACUGGUUGCUGCGCUGCAGCAUCCUAAUCAAUGUGGCGGUGAUCCUGUACAUCGGCAGUCAGUUGAUGAUCGGCGGCGGCAACAACUUCUCCAAUGGCGGUGGCUUCCUGCUGCAGGAGCAGCAAGUGGGCUCCGCCUCAUCAGCGGCUCAGUUGCAGCAGCAACAGCAGCAGCAGCAGCAGCCCAGUGCCAAGAACCAGAACCAGGUGGUCGAGAUCUUUGAGUCCGAGGAGAAGCAGCUGGUCAAUGCCAAUGCAGCAGAUCCUCCAGCAGCGGCGGCUCAGGUGGCUGAUGGCGCUGCUGGAGCUCCGCAGUUGGCGAACGAUAGUGGUGCCGGAGCGGCUGCCAUGGGCGAUCCCGCCCAGGUGAUCGGAAACAUUGGAGCCGGCGGCGUGGCCGUGGGCGGAAAUGCCGAGGUGAACAACAGCCAAUCGGACGGCGGCUACAUAGUCACAGGCGACGAGAAGGAGCUGGAGGAGCGAGUGCGAUCGCUGAUCAACUGCUUCGACCACGACUACCACCAACAGACCCUGCAGCGCGGUGACUUCUGGGUGCUGCAGAACUACGUGCGGGCGGAGCAUGGCGACAUCAAGUGCCACGAGUCGAUCACCUACACCACGCACGCGGACUACACGUUCCUGGACAACCUGGUGCCGCUGCUGGAGCGCUGGAACGCCCCGGUGAGCAUAGCCAUGCACGCGCCCGGCACGGACUUCCAGCCCACGCUGGACUCGAUCCGAUAUCUGCGGGAGUGUCUGCCCGGCAGCCACCUGGUGCGCGCCUACACCACCUUCCACAUCUACUUCGGCACCAAGCACAUCCCCAAGUCUGUGCCCAAGCCUCACGAGGUCUUCAAGACGGGAUACAACUGCACACUACCGCCUCCGUACUUCAACGUCAGCUCCGGUCACCUGUACAAGGCGCAGAAGAAGCUGCUGUAUCCGGUGAACGUGGGUCGGAACAUUGCCCGCGACGCGGCACUCACCCACUUCAUUCUGGCUUCGGACAUCGAGCUGUAUCCGAACCCGGGUCUGGUCAAGAAAUUCCUCGAGAUGAUUGCCCGCAACGAGCAGUACUUGAGACGCAAGGCACCCAGAGUAUUUCCAUUGGCCAUCUUCGAGGUGGAGGAGAACUCGCCAGUGCCUCACGACAAGACGGAGCUGCAGGAGUUCCUGCGCACGGGCAAAGCCAUACCAUUCCACAAGCGGGUGUGCGCCAGUUGCCACGGGGUGCCCAAGUCCAAGGAGUGGAUGUCCGCCAACGAGACGGAUGAAUUAAGUGUGUUUCACAUAGGAAAACGAACAGGUUACUAUGUGCACUGGGAGCCCAUCUAUAUUGGCACUCAUGCCGAUCCCCACUACGAUGAACGGCUCAGCUGGGAGGGUAAAAGCGACAAGAUGCCUCAGGGCUAUGCGCUCUGCGUAAUGGACUACGAGUUCCACAUACUGGACAACGCCUUCCUGGUGCACAAGCCGGGCAUCAAGGUGCUGAAGAAGGACAAUCGACGGGCGAUGUUGUCCGGCAAGACGAACCAGCUGAUACGGAAGAUCAUCUAUCCAGAACUGAAAAUAAUGUACGGCAUGCGAAAGGGAUGUGCGAUAUAGUAACUAAUCCUGAAACCGAGCUGAGGUCAGUCCCGACUGAACGGGAAGGAGGAAAAGGCGAAAAGACUACAACCAACUUCACUAUUACUAUUUGCAAUGCUAUAGAUCGGUUGUGUCGACCACCGGUUCCCAUUCCCUCUAUAGCAUUGAAUGCGCACUUCAAGUGCGCGUUUUACAAUUAGCUAGAGACUUAGCCCUAGAACUAUAGAGCAUUAUGUAGUUAGGCUUAGCUAUAGGUCAGGACGUGUAACGCCAUGGGGCCUAUUGGGUUUUACCGCGUUCUUGGUUAUCUUUUUCUACUCUGCGAAGCCUUGAGAGCUUGGCUUACAUAGACUUAACGUAGUUAAAUGUGGCUUUUAGGUGUCAUGGUGUGUUCCAUUUAGCUGGCCAUUUUUAUGUUGGAAGUGGCCGCCAAGUAAGCAGACGGCUCUUUUGAUAGAGCGUGCCUAGGAAUCUACGCCUGCAAUUGAUCCACAUCCAUUGAAUUUCUGUAAAUAAUAAAACACUUGGAUCGUUCCUCCCUCCUGCUCCCUGGACAUAAGCAGCCAGAGACUGGAGUUGUGGGAUGGCCACCACUCAUAGGCAGUCAUUAUCAGUUACUAUUCUUUUAGUCUAGGCCAUAAACAUAAGUCUAAAGUUAUUUAGUUGAAUUUUCCAUAUGCAUUAACGAGUUAUCUGAUUUUCUUUUCAAAAUACUCAAGCGAGAAAUGGAGAGAAACAUUAUUUUUGUAUACCGGGCCGAGA